AUGAAUUCAAAGACUGGAGCAAUGACCACCACUAAGUCCACUAUUCGCACUUCACGCAUUCGCAACAAUAGUCAGUUGUUGAAUCGCAAUCGUAUGGAUUAUGAAGAACUCAGCUCCGUUAACAUUUAUCGUGAACAUCGCGGUUACUUGGAACAGGAUAAAAAAGCUCGUAUCGAACUAAAUACUCAAAUAAUUAAGGAUAAUCUUUAUGAACCUGUUCAAGAAUCCACAUCUCAGCAUAAUUCAAAGCAUCCUUCAAGGGCUGUAAAUGUGGGAAAUCCAGUUUCCUUUUCCUUUGCUCCUUCAAAAUUUUUGCCAACUUCUUUUGGUGACUAUAGAGGAAUUUCCGUUGACGGUGGACAUUCUGACUCUUGGGGUUAUUAUCCUAACGAUAUUUUCGCUUCAGGAGUAAUGAUGGAUAGUCUUAAAGGAGUUUGCUGCUCUUAA